CCUGGAAUCACUACCGGCAGCAUCUAUGAGCUUCUGACUGUGUGUAACUGAAGAACCCUCCACGAUGACAAAGUAGUGGCUUUUAAAGAGCAGCCAACGACAAGCACUUAGGCACCAGCAAAUACAGAAUCUAUCUGAGAACAUGCUGCCACCAAUAGCCCUUUUGCUGCUAAUGUCCUUGAACUUGGUUCAUGGAGUGUUUUAUGCUGAGAGAUACCAAACACCUACAGGCAUAAAAGGCCCAGCAUCCAACACCAAGACACAGUUCUUCAUUCCUUAUGCCAUCAAGAGUAAAGGUAUCCCAGUAAGAGGACAGCAAGGUACUCCCGGUCCACCAGGCCCCGCUGGACCUCGAGGGCACCCAGGCCCCUCUGGGCCACCAGGAAAACCAGGCUAUGGAAGUCCUGGACCCCAAGGAGAGCCAGGGUUGCCAGGACCACCGGGACCAUCAGGCACAGGGAAGCCAGGCACACCGGGACUGCCAGGAAAACCAGGGGAGAGAGGACCUUAUGGACCAAAAGGAGAUGUUGGACCAGCUGGUUUACCAGGACCACGGGGCCCACCAGGACCACCUGGAAUUCCCGGCCCGGCUGGAAUUUCUGUGCCAGGAAAACCUGGACAACAGGGAUCACCAGGAGCCCCGGGACCCAGAGGCCUCCCUGGAGAAAAGGGUGCUCCGGGAGUCCCUGGUGUGAACGGACAGAAAGGAGACACCAGAUACGGUGCGCCAGGCCGUCCAGGUGAGAGGGGCCUUCCCGGUCCUCAGGGGCCCAUGGGACCGCCUGGCCCUCCCGGAGUGGGAAAAAAGGGUGAAAAUGGGUUUCCAGGGCAGCCAGGCAUCAAGGGUGAUCGGGGCUUUCCAGGAGAAAGGGGACCGAUUGGCCUACCAGGCCCCCAAGGUCCUCCUGGGGAACGAGGACCAGAAGGCAUUGGAAAGCCAGGAGCCGCCGGAGCCCCAGGCCAGCCAGGGGUCCCAGGAACCAAAGGUCACCCCGGGGCUCCGGGAAUCGCGGGGCCCCCAGGGCCUCCUGGCUUUGGGAAACCAGGCUUGCCAGGCCUUCAGGGACAAAGAGGACCUCCCGGCCUUCCAGGGGGCCCGGGUGCCAAAGGGGAGCAAGGCCCGGCAGGCCGUCCCGGGGAGCCAGGUCUGGCUGGACCCCCUGGGAAUGUGGGACCCCAAGGACCAAAGGGCAUCCCGGGCCACCAUGGAAUGCCAGGCCCUAAAGGUGAGGCAGGGCCACCUGGGCUUGCAGGACGCCCUGGGGCUAAGGGAGAAAGGGGUUCCUCCGGCUUAGAUGGGAAACCAGGGUACCCGGGAGAACCCGGUCUCGAUGGUCCCAAGGGCCACCCAGGGCUGCCAGGACCCAAAGGUGACCCUGGAGUAGAAGGACCUCCUGGUCUCCCAGGCCCUGCAGGCCCCGCAGGAGCGAAGGGAAUGCCUGGACACAAUGGUGAGGCAGGUCCCAGAGGUGCUCCUGGAAUACCAGGCACCAGAGGCCCCAUUGGGCCCCCCGGCAUUCCAGGAUUCCCUGGAUCUAAAGGGGACCCAGGGACUCCAGGUCUUCCUGGCCCAGCUGGCAUAGCAACCAAGGGCCUCAAUGGACCCACAGGGCCACCCGGGCCUCCAGGUCCGAGAGGCCACGCCGGAGAGCCUGGCCUUCCAGGGCCCCCGGGUCCUCCAGGGCCCCCAGGGCAGGCAGUCGCUCCUGAAAGCUUUACAAAGGCGGGCCAAAGGCCCAGUCUUUCCGGGAUGCCCCUCGUUAGUGCCAACCAGGGUGUGACAGGAAUGCCCGUGUCUGCUUUCACCGUUAUCCUCUCCAAAGCUUACCCAGCAAUAGGUGCUCCCAUCCCAUUUGAUAAGAUUUUGUAUAACAAGCAACAGCAUUAUGACCCGAGAACUGGAAUCUUCACCUGCAAGAUUCCGGGAAUCUACUAUUUCUCCUAUCAUGUGCAUGUGAAAGGGACCCAUGUCUGGGUAGGCCUGUAUAAGAACGGCACCCCCGUCAUGUACACGUAUGAUGAAUACACCAAGGGCUACCUGGAUCAGGCUUCGGGCAGUGCCAUCAUUGACCUCGCAGAAAAUGACCAGGUGUGGCUCCAACUGCCCAACGCCGAGUCCAACGGCCUGUACUCCUCUGAGUACGUGCACUCAUCUUUCUCAGGAUUCUUAGUGGCCCCGAUGUGAGCAAAUUCGCACCAAGCUAAUAUAAAUCUGCUUGAAAAGGCAUUCCCCAACGUCGCCCGCCCCACAAAAUGCGUAUGGACGUAGGCUGAAAAAGAUAGCAGUCAUUUCAAUACAGAUUUGAGCUUUCAGACCAACAAGUUUUCCCUCUGAAAAGCGAGCAGCAAUGGUAACCAAUAGGAGAAGACCCUGUCAAAUUCCUAGUCAGCAGUCCGAAGACAUUUCAAGUUUUCUGUGAAGUCCUUCAGUACUUAAAAAUCUCACCAUAAAAGUCCUGCUAAGCCGAAAUACAAAAUGAUCACAAAACCCUGAUCUGUGAUGCUACAUUACGUUAAAUUUGAUUUCAGAAUGUCAGCAUUUCCUUUUAAAAUAAGCCUGUUUUCUAACAGUUAACAGAACUUCUAGGAAACAUUUAAGAGGUAUAUCUGUAUAGGACUUAAAUACUUGAAUAUUCAAAUUUAGAAGACAUUAUAUAUCAUAGGAUCUUUCUGAUGGUGCAUUACUCAAAGGCUUAAAUGGCCCCUUGUGAAAAAAUCUAUUCAUAUAUAGAGGUGCGUAUAGAUUUUUUUAUGGCUCUCAUAAAAAACACACAAAAUAUAAUGUUAAAAUUAACCAGAAAUGCAAGGUGCUUUAGUUAUGAACCUUUACAAACUUUUCUGUGAUUGCAGAAAAGCUUUCUAUAUACCCUUCACAACUUGGAAGUUGGU